AGACUUACUAAUUUCCCGCUCUUCAUUGCUUUUCAGGGUCACAUCGUUCGCGAAAAGAUGGCGACAAGCGUGGACGCCAAGCUGCUGAGGCAGACCAAAUUCCCGCCGGAAUUCAGCCGCAAGGUGGACAUGAAGAAAGUGAAUAUCGAAGUCAUGAAGAAGUACGUCGUCGUGAACCCACCCUUCCCUCUCCGGAUGAUCUUUAUCGGGCAGAAAGCACAUUUACCAAAGGAACAAAAACAGUUACUGACUAUUCUUUUUUGUACUGGUAGGUGGAUUGCCGGCAAGAUUUCCGAAAUCUUGGGCAACGAAGAUGAUGUUGUCAUCGAGCUCUGUUUCAACUUGUUGGAAGGUUCCCGGUUUGUAUGUCGGUCCUUGUUCUACACCCCCUCCGCUCUGCGGCGAACGCAGUGCGCCUUCUCCUGGGAGUUGUGCCGCUAAUCCGAGCUUUGUUCUAUGAUAAUCACUAGCCCGAUGUCAAAUCCCUUCAGAUUCAGCUCACGGGCUUCUUGGACAAGGAUACCGCCAAGUUUUGCAAGGAGCUCUGGUCGCUAUGUCUGAGCGCUCAGGAAAAUCCCCAGGGUGUUCCCAAGGAGCUAUUGGAGGCCAAGAAGCUGGAACUUAUUCAAGAGAAGGUGCGAUAACUCGAACGGUGCCUGAUGUGACGGCCAACUUACCUCUUCGCCCUUUCCAGAUCGAAGCCGAGAAGGCCGCCGAGGAAGCCCGCAAACAGAAGGAGCAAGAACGUACAAGGGAGAGAGAACUGGAGGAAAUCAGACGCAGAGAGCGCUCUGAGCGUG